GCGACCGGAUAUGGGUCGCGUCAUCGAGAACAAACAUAUCGAGAAGCUGUGCAAGGCCGUCCCUCCGAACAUAGCGAAGCUGAUUUGGAAAUACCCGGACAUUUUACCAGACGAUCUACCAGCUGGACUCCCGCCGAGCCGUCCUAAGGACCACAUAAUCGAGUUGGAACCAGGUGCCCAACCGACGGUACAGCGCCAAUUUCGGCUCAGCCAACCGGAACUGGAAGAAUUACAGCAGCAGCUGGAUUACCUUCUGACAAAGGGAUUUAUCCAGCCCAGCACGUCACCCUACGCCGCCCGGAUACUGUUCACGCCGAAGAAAGAUGGAGGAUUCAGAAUGUGCAUUGACUACCACACGCUCAACCAGAUCACCAUCAAGUCGCGUUCCCUGAUCCAGCGAGCGACGAACUUCUCGACCAACUUCGUAGUGCCAGGUUUUUCUUGAAGAUUGAUUUGCGAGGAGAUUAC